CAGGCACGUGCCGGCCGGGCUUCCUGGAGUGAGGCUGCGCCGUGGUUAGAGGACAUAAAACGUGUUUAUCAGUAACUACAGACACUCGGAGGCUUGUUUAUUGAGCUCAUCUCCUCCGGACACAUCAUCCAGCACAGGUAGAGGAAUUGAAGAGCUGCUUCUCGCUUGAUCCGUGUCAUGCUCCUGGUGCAUGGUUAUGGAUCAGGAUCAGGAUCAUGAAAGCGGCGAGGUCGAGUCGUCACAUGCGCCAGUGUACCACGUCGAGAGACCCGUGUUGAGCGAAGAGAACAUUCACAAUCAGCUGCAUAAGAAAGAGCGGACGCUGAAGCCUGUGAGACAGAGACUCACAGAACGCUGCCGCUGUUCAUCUGAAAAAGUCAAAUCCACCCUCUUCGGCCUUCUCCCCAUUUUAUCAUGGCUGCCGUCGUACCCGCUGAAGGAGUAUCUGUUCGGAGAUGUGGUCUCGGGUCUCAGCACAGGAGUCAUGCAGCUGCCUCAAGGUCUUGCCUAUGCCAUGUUAGCUGCAGUUCCUCCAGUCUAUGGUCUUUACUCAUCCUUCUAUCCUGUUCUUCUCUACACAUUCUUCGGUACCUCCAGACACAUAUCCAUAGGCACGUUUGCAGUGAUUAGUCUGAUGAUCGGGAGCGUGGCAGUGAGAGAAGCGCCGGACUCCAUGUUUCCUCUGAAUGGGACGAACGGGACGGAGCUGAUCGACGUGGUGGCUCGAGACGCCAGAAGAGUGCAUGUGGCCGUGGCUCUGACCGCACUCGUGGGCAUUAUUCAGCUGGUGCUGGGUGUGCUGAGGUUUGGCUUCGUGGCAAUUUAUCUGACAGAGCCGUUGGUGCGAGGUUUCACCACCGCCGCAGCCGUGCACGUGUUGGUCUCUCAGCUAAAAUACUUUUUCGGGGUUAAGACUCAGCGCUAUAGCGGGCCGUUAUCUGUCCUUUACAGUCUGGUGGCCGUGUUUGAACACAUCACCAGCACUAACAUCAGCACGCUGACCCUGGGAUUAGUCUGUGUCGUCUUCCUCUACGGCGUGAAGUACUCUAACGAGCGUUUUAAAGAGAAGCUUCCCAUCCCCAUUCCUGGAGAGAUCAUCGUGGUGAUGGUGUCGACAGGGAUCUCGUACGGCAUGGCUCUGUCGGAGAAUUACCAGGUGGAUGUAGUAGGAGAAAUCCCUACAGGACUCCAGGCUCCGACUCUCCCAGAUCUCAGUCUGCUCCCCAACCUGAUCACAGACGCUGUAGCCCUGGCGGUGGUGGGAUUCUCCAUCGGGAUCUCCCUGGCUAAAAUAUUCGCUCUCAAAUACGGCUACAGUGUGGACGGAAACCAGGAGCUGAUUGCGCUUGGCUUGUGUAACUCCGUCAGUUCCUGUUUCCACACCUUCGCCGUCACCUGCUCCAUGUCUCGCAGUCUGGUGCAGGAGAGCACAGGAGGAAAGACCCAGAUUGCAGGGCUGUUGGCCUCCUUGCUGGUCCUUCUGGUGAUCCUGGCAGUCGGCUUUGUGUUCCAGCCUUUACCGCAGACCGUGUUAGCUGCCAUCAUCAUGGUCAAUCUUCUGGGCAUGUUCAGGCAGCUGCGAGACAUCCCUGCUUUAUGGAGAACCAGCAAGAUUGAACUGGCGAUCUGGGUAGUGGCCUUCGUGGCAUCUGUGCUGCUGGGGUUGGAUUACGGCCUGCUGGUGGCCGUUACAUUUGCUAUACUCACGGUCAUCUACAGAACCCAGAGCCCUAAAAGUGUUAUUCUCGGUCAAAUCUCCGACACUGGACUGUACUACGACACUGAGGAAUAUGAAGAGGCUACAGAAUGUUCAGGAAUUAAAAUUUUCCACUCCAAUUCUUCCAUCUACUUCGCCAACAGUGACCAGUACAUCAACACUCUCAAGGAAAAAACAGGAGUGGACCCUGCUCAGCUGCUGGCCGAGAGAAAAUCCCAGCAGAAGCGACUGAAGAAGAAAGAGAAGAAACUGCAUCAGUCCUCCUCCCAUCACAGCCCUGAGAAGAAGAAGAAGACCGCCGUCGUCAAACUGGAUAUGGAAAUCGGUGUGAGUCACGAAGUGGUGGACGAUCCUCCUCAGACCGAAGCGGAAUCGUACAUCAAUGGACAAAUCGUCGAGGCUGAGUCUGACUCGGAGGAAGAUCGCUUCCUCCAGCCGCUCUGUCCCAUCCACUCCAUCGUCCUGGACUUAAGCGCUGUCAACUUCAUGGACUCUGUGGGAGCCAAAGCUAUUAAAUCUGUUAUUAAAGAGUUUGCAGCCAUAGAUGUGAAAAUCGUGCUUGCUGGAUGCAGCCGAAGUCUUCUCUCUGAUCUCAGGACUCUGCAGUUCUUCAGCAGUCCGGUGAGCCUGGACAUGGUCUUCCCGACUGUUCACGACGCUGUACUACACUGCACACACACCAGGGCGCUGCAGACAUCAGCCCUGCCCCUGACAGCCAGUGAGCACAUAGGAAACAGGAAGUGCUCUUCUGAAUUGCUGGAAUGAUGAGAGAGUGUGUGUGUGUGGAGUGGGGGAAUGAGUGAGAUUUAGAGUAGAAAUGCAUUUAGAAAAACAAAACAGGAAGUGGACAUUAAGCUCUUCUUCCUGUAUCACCUCCUGCCUUUAAACUCGUCUCGUGUCUGCGUGACGAUACUGUGAGUAAAACACGUUCUUUAUGAACACGACACUGAACACCAUCUCACACACACACGCACACAUUUAUUCAUACCUCUCUAGAAUUUUGGUGUAUGUUGGGUUUUUAUUUUUCUACUCAACGAAUCCGUUUUGUUUUUUUGUUCAAAAUGUCUGCGUCAAAGUUUUUCAUACUUGACUUUUUAUUUUUAUUGUCCCCAUAAACCACCUGUGUGUAUGCUGAUCAUGUCGCCGGAUGGGAGAAGCUUUAAAUGCACUACUGUUUUUUGCUAUUUUCCGGGGAAUUUUUUAAUGAACGAAUGGAGAAAAAAAAAAACAUGAUUUAAAAUGUAGCUGGAAAAAAAAAAUGAAACGAUUAAUUAAAUUAAAUUAUUUUCAUUAGGUUUGUUUGUUUUUGUUUUGGUGACGUUUAAUUUCAAUCAUUAGAAUUAUUUAAAAAUGUGACCAAAACUAAACGAACAAACAAAAAACAAUUAAAAUAUAAUGAAAUAUUAGUAUUAAAUUAAUUUAAAUUAAAUAAAUGAAAUUUAUUAAACUAAUUAAAUUAGAAUUAAUCAGAAAAUAUUCAAAUGAGUCAAUGAAUGAAUGAUGAUUAAACAUAAGUGAGUAAAUAAAUUAAUUAAUGUCACUUAUUUAUUUAUCGUUAGACUUGACUGCUUCUUCUUUAGCUCCUGACCAAUCAGGUCGCGAGUUGGAGGGCAGGCGAGAGAAACUAACACGGAGGUAGAAAGCUAGAGGAAAAACUGGACAAGUUACACAACUCUGACUGAGAAUAAAAAAAUAUAUCUAAUG